AUGUCGACUAUCAAGGAGCGCCAUCCAGAGCUAUUUCUGCCUAUCAACUAUGAUAGCCCACGAGGCAAGACCCGAACUAUUCCAAUGCAAGCAUUAUGCUUGGGCUUCAACCGCACCGGCACAGCAACUAUGUCUGCCGCACUCGAGCAACUAGGUCUACCCUGCUGGCAUUCCUUUCACCUACUCAAAGCCAACUUUGGCGAUAACGAGAUGUGGCAAGAAGCAAUCGACAGAAAGUUCUUUGGGAAAAGCGAACCUUUUGGACGACUCGAGUUUGAUGAACUGCUCCAUUCAUUUGGCGCCGUCAGCUCCGAUACCCCAGCUAUCGCGUUCGCGGACGACUUGAUAGCAGCAUAUCCAGAGGCAAAAGUCAUUCUGGUUGAGAGAGACAUCGACGAGUGGUACAAAAGCUACAUGCACGCCAUAAUCGGAAACAUGUUUAGCCCUUUCGCCACGAUUGUUUACUAUCUGGAUAGAGCAUACAUCCACAAAAUCGGCAAAGUUCACAAGAGCGUCGUGGCUGGCUGGGGAGGUAUACGAUCUCGGAAAGACGCAGAGGCCAAAGCUCGAGAUAAUUAUCGCAAGCACUACGCCAUGGUUCGACGUCUCACCCCUCCUGAUCGACUGCUGGAGUUCAAGCUUGAUCAAGGCUGGGAGCCUUUGUGCAAGUUCCUCGGGAAGAAAGUUCCAGAGACGGAGUUUCCGCGGUUAAAUGACGGUGCUUGGUUUGAUGAGAAGGCUAGUAUUUUGCUGCAGCAGGGGAUGAAGGAUGGUCUGGUUAAGGCCGUACCUUGGCUGGUCGUUAUUUUUGGGGCGUGUUAUUGGUACUUGUCGAGGAAAUAG